CCCCUGUAUGGAAGUGGACUCGUCCAUCACAGACGUCACGAGAUCCAGAAAAUGGCGAGUCAGACCACCGGUAUCCAGCAGCUACUGGCCGCGGAAAAACGCGCCGCAGAGAAGGUCGCAGAGGCCCGGAAACGUAAAAACCGUCGUUUGAAGCAGGCAAAGGAAGAGGCUCAGGCUGAGAUAGAGACAUACCGAACGGAGAGAGAAAAACAGUUUUUGGAGCACCAGGAAAAGCACAUGGGCUCCAGAACAGAUAUUGUGCGGCGUAUGGAUGAACAGACAUUGCAGAAGAUGGAGGAACUAAACCAGAACGUCCUCCAAAACAAGGAGGAAGUGAUGUCACGAAUCCUGGAGCUGGUGUACGACAUCAGGCCUGAACUUCACCAAAACCUCAAAAUCAACUAGGCCCAAAACAUUGUGCAGAAUAGUCCAAAACAAGCUAGACAUGUGAUUUUGUUAGAAUGUUAGGGAAAACCACUAUAUAGUAUCAUCACUUGAAAGAAGAAGUAAAAGAAAUUGAAGGAAGAUGGAGUCAUAGCUGUGGUUGGAUGUAGAUUUAACUUAUAUAAUAAAUGUGGUGACAUGUGACAUGUAUUAUUGUGCUGGGAGUCAGGUGAAUUUGAAAAUCACAUUGUGUCAUUUCUUUAUUUGUCAAUGAUGUUGUGGUUAUGAAAUUAUGUGAAUGAUGUCAUCUGAUAUUAAGAUCCUGCUGCAUGAUUGUAAUGUUGAAAAAGAAGAGGAAUAGAUGUGUCAAUGUUAGUGUAAUAAGUUAAGAAAGUCUGCCUCUCUAUGUAAAAACUAUUUGUCUUACUGUUUUUUGUUACACAAUAAAAGAUCAAGUUGGAUACUUGGUUUGAAUGUCUACCAAGUAUAUGGCAGAGGAUACUUUAAAAUAGCACUGAUAUUAUAGAUUCUGUGAUGUAAUAUGUAACUGCUUAUUAUUUUUACAUAUCAUUUUGCAAAACUACUGUUAAUUAAACAUUCCUAGACUGAAGUAAAACCUGAAAAGAGUAA